GAUGCGCGUGUUCGAUUCUUUUUCAAAAACGAUAUUCAAAAUGUCUAUUCGUACAUACGGUCAAAAACCACAAUCAUUUCCUUUGGACGACUCCGGGGAACAAUUUAUGAUCGGCAGUGAAGUCGGUAACUAUGUCAGAAUGUUUCGUGGCUCUUUAUACAAAAAAUAUCCAUCGUUGUGGCGUCGUAUGGCCUCCCUGGAUGAACGAAAAAAGAUCGUAUCCCUUGGGAUCGGGCAUACAACUUUAGCUACGAACGUCACUCUAGUGCGAGCCUCCGAAGUCGAAGACAUUCUCGAAGGAAACGAUGAAAAAUAUAAGGUCCUGACAGAGGUUGCAGACACUACGAGAGAAAAAAACUCUGCGAGCAAGCCAAAGCGAAGUACAACGAGCUGGUUACCUCAGAAUCUCUUGCCCAGUACUUCGUAUCAUCUCGACGCAGUGCCGUGUUGUACUCCUGUUAGUCGGACGCGACUAGUACAAAAGAGAUUUAGAUCUUUCCCGAAAUGUUAUGAUAAUCACAACAUGGCUGCAAUUCAUGAGGCUGCAAACAAGGAGGAAGAUUUGGUACCGAUCAGAUUAGAUAUUGAUAUUGAGGGUCAAAAACUUAGGGAUUGCUUCACUUGGAAUAAGAAUGAAACAUUGAUAACACCCGAAACAUUUGCCGAGGUGCUGUGUGAUGAUUUAGACCUUUCACCCAUGCAGUUUGUACCAGCAAUUGCUCAAGCUAUCAGAAAUCAAGUUAAGCAAUACACAGCUGAGUCUGAAAUUGCUCUUGAUAAGCAGACUGAUCAGAGAGUUAUCAUAAAACUUAAUGUGCAUGUUGGAAACAUAUCUUUAGUGGAUCAAAUCGAAUGGGACCUGUCGGACACGCAAAAUAGCCCUGAACAAUUUGCCCUCAGCCUCUGCACUGAUCUUGGACUUGGUGGAGAGUUUGUGACUGCGAUAGCCUACCAUAUCCGUGGUCAGUUAAGCUGGUACAACAAAACUUACGUAUUUAGUGAAACGCCUCUUCCUACAGUUGAAGCAGCCAUUCGCAACCCACAGGAUGUUGAUAAUUGGUGUCCGUAUUUGGAAACGCUCACCGAUGCAGAGAUGGAAAAGAAACUUCGUGACCAAGACAGAAAUACCAGGAGAAUGCGUCGCUUGGCCAAUACAGCCCCAUUGACAUAUUAAUAGUACACAAGAACUGCCGUUUCACUGAAUAUUUCAUUUGAUGAACCUACAAAUCUUGUUCGGCAUCAAGCCUUGAAGUGUUCACAAGUGACAGUGUUGAAAUUAAAAAGGUUUUGUGGUGUGGUAUAUUCAAACAGAUUAUUAAAUAACAGAUAAUCGCCUAUGUUCAUAUACCUAACUGUACAGAUUUAGAUUGUAUUAUACUGUAUAAAAUAUUGUUGUUAAUUCAUUGUUAAAUUGCUACAGUAUCUCUUGACCGACACUGUCAACAGGAACAAGCUAUGUUAAAUAUUUCAUACAUUUGUACAAGCAAAUAAAUUGUUGUAUUGUUUCA